GCUCGGGGCCUCCCUGCGGGCCGCUCUCUGCUCGCCACGAUGGAGCGCAGCGGCCGCGGCCGCAGCCUGGGGCUCGCCCUGGGGCUGCUGCUGGCGCUGGCGCUGGCGCCCCGGGCGCUGCGGGCCAAGCCCACCGUGCGCAAGGAGCGCGUGGUGCGGCCCGACUCGGAGCUGGGCGAGCGGCCGCCCGAGGACAACCAGAGCUUCCAGUACGACCACGAGGCCUUCCUGGGCAAGGAGGACUCCAAGACCUUCGACCAGCUCACCUCGGAGGAGAGCAAGGAGAGGCUGGGGAAGAUCGUCGAUCGAAUCGACGAUGAUGGGGAUGGUUUUGUCACCACUGAGGAGCUGAAAAUCUGGAUCAAACGGGUGCAGAAAAGAUACAUCUAUGAUAAUGUUGCUAAAGUCUGGAAGGAUUAUGAUCGGGACAAAGAUGAUAAAAUUUCCUGGGAAGAAUACAAACAAGCCACCUAUGGUUAUUACCUAGGGAACCCUGCUGAGUUUCACGAUAGCUCAGAUCAUCACACCUUUAAGAAGAUGCUGCCACGAGAUGAGAGACGGUUCAAGGCUGCCGACCUCAACGGGGACCAGACAGCCACUCGGGAGGAAUUCACUGCCUUUUUGCACCCCGAGGAGUUUGAGCAUAUGAAGGAAAUUGUGGUUUUGGAAACUCUGGAGGACAUUGACAAGAACGGCGACGGGUUUGUGGAUCAGGACGAGUAUAUCGCGGAUAUGUUCUCCCACGAGGAGAGUGGACCCGAGCCAGACUGGGUUUUGUCGGAGAGGGAGCAGUUCAAUGAAUUCCGAGAUCUGAACAAGGAUGGGAAGUUGGAUCAAGAUGAGAUUCGCCACUGGAUCCUCCCUCAGGACUAUGACCAUGCGCAGGCUGAGGCCAGGCACCUGGUCUAUGAGUCAGAUAAAAACAAGGAUGAAAAGCUAACUAAAGAGGAGAUACUGGAGAACUGGAACAUGUUUGUUGGAAGCCAAGCCACCAAUUACGGGGAAGACCUCACAAAAAAUCACGAUGAACUUUGAUGUACACUCACCCUCGUGGGGCAGACUGUCAUAGGGCUUUCUUUCAUUGUCUUAGAUGGUUGUAUACUUGUCUUAUUUACAGUGGUUUGUCCCCCCAAAAGCAAGCUUAUAAUCUUAGAUUGGGGUUAAAUUGUUUUUCACUCAGUGUUUACUGAGAAAUAGUCAUCAUUACUGUUUCAGUAAGAAUUCUUUCAAAGCCCAUUAAAAUCUGGGUAAAAGAGGGGACCCCUACAUUGCUCUAAGGGGAUAAACUGCUAGCUUUUUCCAUUAAAUUUAAAGGGUGAGAAUAUUUGGAAAAGCUUUGUUAUUCAGAAGUUGGGUGAGUUGAGGGGAAGGAUAUGGAGUGACUGCUAUGGAUUUUAACUGCAAAUUUUUACAUUCACCACUGUUGAGUAAUUGGUGAGGGAAAAUUCUGAUGAAGCUCCACUGGUAUCAUUCCAUGUAGGCUUACUUUAGAGCAAGUCUGAUACUUCAGAUUCUUCCUUUUUGACAUUGUGCUCUGAGCUGUUACUGUAAAUGGUUCUAAAACCUCUGUGCAUUUUUCUGUACGGAUCUGUUAAUGUGCACAACAAAUUCACAUCUUUGGGUUUUUUUUUUUUUGCUUUGUUUUUAUAAUAAGAAGCAAUCAAGAAAGAUAAUGUGAAAAAGAAAGGAAUUUUAGAGGUAGGGAAAAGAUGAAUGUCAGGCAUGAAGAACUAUGAGGAAAUGGUAAACAAUUAUACUUGAGAAAUUUUUCGACUUGAAGGAAGUCUGAUCUUUGAAAAAGUAACUAGAGAUAUAAUCCAUUUCCUAGUGAUCACCAGUGGGAAUGCAGGAGUGGCUGGCUAGGGGAGCACUGGAACCCAGCACGUCCUGGCCUGGGGAAGCCACGCGCCUGCACCUGCCCCAGGGACGUCUUACACCAUGGAACUAGGAUCAUGUGAUGUUCCAUGGCAUUGACUGACUGGUAGAAACAACCUCUACAGGUUGAAAUUCCACCUCUUAAAUAGGAAGUGAAUGAAAUAAAGGAUCCCCGUGAGGAUUUUCUAUUGUGUCCUGUCUUGUUUAACU